GUCAUAGAACGCGCCAAAUCAGUGUGUUUUGCAUCACUUCAUAAACGUGUUUUAUUUCAUCCUCUUUUCACUGACUUUACAUUUUAGUUUAAUUAUGGCGUCAUCGAGCAGCAAAGCGUCACAACAGCCGCGGAAUUUACCCUGGGUUGAAAAGUACAGACCACAGUCUCUGGACGACUUGAUUUCACACAGGGACAUUCUCAGCACUAUUCAGAGGUUCAUUAGUGAGGACAGACUUCCACACCUGUUGUUCUAUGGACCUCCAGGAACAGGCAAAACCUCCACCAUCCUGGCCUGUGCCAAGCAGCUCUACAAAGACAGAGAGUUCAGCUCGAUGGUGUUGGAGCUCAAUGCGUCUGACGACAGAGGCAUCGACGUGGUGCGAGGGCCCAUCCUUAGUUUUGCCAGCACAAGGACCAUUUUUAAAAAAGGUUUCAAGUUGGUUAUACUGGACGAGGCUGAUGCCAUGACCCAGGAUGCCCAGAAUGCUUUGCGGCGAGUUAUUGAAAAAUUCACGGAGAAUACUCGUUUUUGUUUGAUCUGCAACUAUCUGUCCAAAAUCAUCCCCGCGCUUCAGUCACGAUGCACCAGGUUUCGCUUUGGCCCUCUGGUCCCUGAGCAGAUGAUCCCACGACUGGAGCACGUCAUUCAACAAGAAAAUAUUGACAUUAGUCCAGAUGGAAUGAAAGCUCUUGUGACAUUAUCAUCAGGAGAUAUGAGGAGAUCUCUGAACAUACUGCAAAGCACCAGUAUGGCAUAUGGGAAGGUCACAGAGGACUCAGUCUACACAUGCACAGGUCACCCCCUCCGCUCUGAUAUCGCCAACAUCCUGGACUGGUCACUCAACCAGAAUUUUACUACAGCGUACAACCAAAUACUUCAGCUGAAAACAUUGAAAGGUUUGGCAUUGCAUGAUAUUCUGACAGAGGUCCACCUGCUCAUACACAGAGUUGAUUUCCCACCUUCCAUUCGAAUGGACCUGCUCAUUAAGUUGGCAGACAUUGAACACAGGUUGGCCUCAGGGACCAAUGAAAAGAUCCAGCUGAGCUCCAUGGUGGCGGCGUUCCAGGCCGUGCGGGACCUCGUGACCAGUGACGCGGCUUAG